CAUUCUUUCCCAUUGCCCUGCAUGGCUGGAGUGUUCGUGUCCUGUCUCAUCAAGGAUUUCGAUCGCAUGCACUUUUCUUAAUGUCAUGAUUGGCCGACCCGGCUGUCGAUUAGGAGGCAAAGGAUGCCUGCGGAUGAACUGGACGACGACACUGUUGCGAAUUUACUGAAAGAAGACGCGAAGACUGCGGGCGCAAGUUUCGGCUUCCUCUCGAGCAGGCCAAGCUCGCAAGCGCCCAAGCCUAACACGAGAUUUCUCAGAAAUAUCAUCCGCGAAACAAAUACCCACAAUGCGGCCUUGCUGGCAAGAGAGGCCGAGGAGUCUAGGGCCAGGUUGAAAAGGCUUCGUAAAGAUCCACAUCCAAGAAUCAGCGGGCGUAAAAUAGAGGACGUCGCAUCACGCGACCACCAGUCUACCAAACGUAGGCGACACGAAAGUCCAGAUGUGAAGGAUGUUCGGUCCGACGCUCAUAGACAUGGAAGCAGUAGUCACAAGCGCAGCAGACGAGAUGACAGGGAAGGAAAUGACGGAUUUAGAGGUCGCGAUAGUCGUCGAGAGAGAAACGAGCCUUCGGACGACCGGCGAGGACAUCGAUCACAGCGCACCCAUCGACGUGAUCGUACAGAUAAAACUGCUUCAGACAGACAUAGAGAUGAAAAGUACGCCUCUUCAAGUCACGAUCACAACAAGUCUCGUCGAAGGAGGUCCCACAGCAAAGAACGCUCACGGACCCGGUCCCCUCGGCGCCGAAAACGACAUCAGAGUCGAAGCCGAAGUCGGACACGUUCACAAUCACCUAGUGCAUCUCAUCAUCCCCGGAUAAGCCGAAAGAAGGGACAGUUGCCAACGGAACCGGACUCCGACUCGGAUCCACUAGAGGCCAUCGUUGGCCCGAUGCCAGUAUCCGAACCUACUAUAAAAUCGAAGGGCCGCGGCGCUUACAAGAACUCCUCGGCAAUGGAUACUCAUUUCUCAAAGAGCUACGAUCCAUCCGCUGACGUGCACAUCAAUUCUGAUUUGGAGGACGACUGGGACAUGGCUUUGGAAGCGCUACGCGAUCGGCAAAGAUGGCAUCAACAGGGUGCUGAGCGCCUGCGAUCUGCGGGUUUCACCGAAGACGAAAUCAGGAAGUGGGAGAAGGGUGGUGAGAAGACCGAGGACGAUGUACGGUGGGCCAAGAAGGGCGAAGGCAGAGAGUGGGACAGAGGGAAAGUUGUAGAUGAUGCAGGUGACAUCAAUGUUAAGGUUGAAUGGGGUAGAUUAAAAGGUACUUAGUGCUUGAUUGGUCAAAGAAUACUGGUCACGAUAGAAAAAGACA